CUCGUUCUAUAGGGCGGAUUACUGGAAGUCGAAUGAGCGAAAAUACUGUGAUUUUUGCAAAUGCUGGAUAGCCGAUAACAAAUCCAGCGUGCAGUUCCACGAAAAUGGCAAGCGACAUCAGAUGAACGUACAGAAACGAAUUUCAGACAUCAGCCGUAAUAGUUACAAAGCUCAACAAGAGCAAAACAAGAUCGACGCAGAACUGAAGAAGAUGAAUGAUGCGGCCAUGAAAGCGUAUAUGCUCGAUAUUAGUUCCGGGGCCGAUAUAAGCUCGCGAGAGUUAGGUGAAAAGCAAAAGCUUGAACAAGCAAGCGAAAUACCGGAUCAAAUUGGCCCCUAUGCCGGUCCGUCGGUAACAAGUACCAGCGGCCCAUCCGAUAGCAGGCGACCGAGACCGAAAAAAGGUCGGGAAGCCGAUCCAUUGUACAUGCCAGGCCUGGACAGUGACGAGGAUCCCGAAUCCUCCAAAGCGAAAGCGAUGGCCAAGAAACGGCGCCAAGAGGAUGUUGCCAAACCAGACAAUGGUUCGAUGUGGGUUGAGGCGGAAAACGAUGAAGGAUUUCCGUACUAUUGGAAUGUUAAAACAGGAGAGUCCGUUUGGGAACCACCGAAGGAGGGUUUCAUGAAAAAGGAGGAGUAUGAACAAUUGUCUAAAAUCGCUUGGCAAAAGCAAAAGGAAAAUGCCGCUAACGAUGCAAGAUACGAGCUGGAAAAUGCGGAUGAAAUAGCUGCACGGCUUCGACGCGAAAAUAUGGCUCACAUUUUCAAGCACAACAAAAAGAUUAAGGAAGAAAUCGAGAAAAAGGUGGAUCAUGGGCGGGAGGCAGCUAUGACCGCCGAAAUUGAACGAUCCAAAAAUCCGUACGGCAACUGGGAAUCAGUCGAAGUCAAGCCGGAACUACCGAUCGAUCUACAGCUGCCAGUUGCGCCAGCUCCAUUGUACGUUCCAAGCGCACCGCCGGAAAAAUCGGAACCGAAAUUCAAGGAAAAGGUUAUUGACCACGUACCACCAGAGACAAAAGCAACCACAAGCGACACAUUUGUGAAGAAGCGAAAAAUUCAACGCAACUGCCGACAACGUUUAGACGUAGACUAGGCUGAUUCUUGGUACUGUGC